AUGGCUUUGCCGCUUCCCCCGCUCUUCCUCCUUCCCACCAGCUCCCGCUCAAACCCGUCUCCCCUGCUCGUCUCUCCUGCUCUCUCUUCUACUGGCGCUCAAAGGUCCAUCGCCUCCCAUGCUUCAGCUAAAGUGGAUGCUGGGGCUUCUGUCUCCGCUGCGGUUUCCGCUGUCUCUCGUACCCCUCAGUCCCCAGUUUUCCUCCCUCAUCUUGAGUUGGUAGCAGAAGCUGGAGAAGGAGGAGGACGAGUAGUAGUAGGAGGAGAAAUUGAAGUAGAAGGAGGAGAUUUGGAGGAAGAAAGGCAUAGGAUGAUAUCAUCGGAUGAGGGAGAAACUGGGUUGGAGCUCGAAGAGGAGUUCUAUGAAGACGAAGAAGAAGAAGAAGAAGACGACGAUGGAGAAGGCCCGGACCCAAUUCGGAGCUUCUUCGAGUCCAAGGCCCCGACGCCGGAUCCUGAGCGGGAGGGACGGACCUCCCUUCAGAAGAACCGCCGCACCUCUUGGCGGAUUGCAGACGCUGUUGACGUCAAUUCUGAGGAGGACGACCUGGAGGAGAUCACGUUAGGGCUAGAACUCGAUUCUGAGGUCCCCAUUUCUCCCUCAGAGGAUGAGGGAGUCUUGGACAAAAUUUUGAACGUCGCACGUAACAUUCCAGAGAAUUCCACGUUAGGGGAAUUGUUGGGUUCAUUCAAAGGGAAGGUGGACGAAGGGGACUGCAUCCAUCUACUGUCGAGGAUGGGGAAGGAGGGCCUGACCUCGGAGUGCCUCUAUUUUUUCGAGUGGAUGGGUCUUCAGAAGGCACCGCUGGUGACCCCAAGGUCUUGUUCAGUCCUCUUUCCGGUGCUUGGCAGGGCUGGGAAGGGGAGGGAACUGAUGACCCUCUUCAAGAAUCUCCCGAGGUCAAAGAGAUUUAGGGACGUUCAUGUAUAUAACGCUGCAAUUUCAGGAUUGGCAUGCUCUCGGAGGUAAGCAACCCCUUCUUCUUCUUCUUCUUCUAUUUCUUUUUUUCUAUGAUACUGCAGUCCAGUGAUCGACAGACCAAACUUCUUACAUGGUCUGGCUAACUAAGAUCAAAGUCUCCUUUGAUUGUGUUGGUUCAAAAACUCUUUUGCUUGAUCCGAGUUUGAUUCUUUCCAGUAGAUAAUUAUGCGUUAAAAACUCUAAACCCUUAAUCUGAAACUCCAACGAUUCAUGAUCUGCAGUGGUAAACAACAUCAUGUCAAAAAGAAAUAAUGCAAUAAAAAAUUGAAUAUAAACACACCACAUCCGUUUAACAUAAAUAUCAAUUUUUUGACAAAUGUAUGAGAAGAAGCAGUUGUUAUGAAAAGACUAUCAAACAAAAAAAUGAGAAACAAGGGCUGAGGCUUAUGAAAGUGUCGAAUAGAGAUUUCAAAGAUGUAUACUGACAAUAAUAACGAGAACAUGAUUAGAGAUGCCAUUACAUUUUGGUGAGGAUUUCAAAAGGAAAUAGGAGGAUGAAAUUCUUUUGGACAGAGUCAGUGUAGCAAUAAUGAAUUUGGUUUUACUAAAUAUGAAUGUGAUAUGUGCCAGAGUAGAAUGGUGGAUGGAGAUUUGUCCUUCGCCCUUCUCUGCUGGGAUUUGGUGGUGACAAAAAGACUUCGGGAUCGGUCAAUUAUCAAUUUUACUGUCAUCAUCAUCAAAAACCCUUUCAUAAUAACUUUCUCUCAAGAUUUUGUAAACUUGGGGAUAGAUCGAUGCUUUUUUUCGUUGUCACCACCAAAUCAUCAGAGAGAAGUUUAUCAUACAAGAGUUUUUGAUGAUGGUGACUGUAAACUUUUUAUCUCCCAAAAAGCUGUCCCAAGUUUUCAUUUCUGUUUUGUUUUGACAUGUCAAAUGUUUAGUUUCAUACAAAAUUUCCAUUUAUCACAUGUGGCAAAAUUAUUUAUGUUUCUCAGGUAUGAUGACGCUUGGACGGUGUAUGAGGCAAUGGAAACAAACAAUGUCAAGCCAGAUAAUGUCACUUGUUCCAUUAUGAUCACCGUGAUGAGAAAGAGUGGUCGUAGUUCAAAACAGGUUUGGGAAUUCUUUCAACUAAUGGACAGGAAAGGGGUCAACUUGGGGAUUGAAGCAUUCGGUGCCCUCAUAAAAUGUUUCUGUGAUGUUGGUCUGAAUAAAGAAGCCCUCGUCAUCCAGGCUGAGAUGGAGAAGAAGGGAAUUCCAUCGAAUAUUAUGGUCUAUAACACCUUGAUGGAUGCAUAUGUUAAGACUAAUCAUGUGGAAGAGGCGGAAGGUCUCUUCCAGGAGAUGAGGGAGAAGGGACUGCACCCGACAACAGCUACUUAUAACAUUCUAAUGGAUGCAUACAGCCGAAGAAUGCAACCUGACAUAAUUGAAGAUCUCCUGAAGGAGAUGCAGACCUUGGGUCUGAAGCCGAAUGUAAGGUCCUUCACUUGUCUUAUUAGCGCCUAUGGGCGACAGAGAAAGCUGAGCGACAUGGCCGCCAAUGCAUUCUUAAGAAUGAAGAAGAGUGGAAUAAAGCCUACUUCCCAUUCUUACACUGCCUUAAUCCAUGCAUUUUCGGUAGGUGGCUGGCAUGAGAAAGCUUUUGCGGCUUUUGAGAGUAUGAAGAUCGAAGGAGUGACACCCUCAAUAGAGACUUAUACUGCCCUACUUGAUGCAUUUAGGCGGGCUGGGGAUGCAGAAAAAUUGAUGGCGGUUUGGAGAUUGAUGAUGAGAGACAAGGUCGAAGGUACAAGGGUCACAUAUAAUAUUGUUCUUGAUGGGUUAGCAAAGAAUGGUCUGUAUGUUCAAGCAAGAGACGUUAUUUCUGAAUUCGGAAGGAUUGGUAUACAACCCACUGUCAUGACCUAUAACAUGUUGAUGAAUGCAUAUGGGAGAGGUGGUCAGCACUACAAACUGCCACAGUUGCUGAAGGAGAUGUCAGCGCUUAAUCUGAAGCCCGACUCAGUCACCUAUAUGACCAUAAUCUACGCCUAUGUUCGAGUGCGGGAUUUCUCAAAGGCAUUCUUCUAUCAUAAGCAGAUGGUGAGAAGUGGGCAGGUGCCUGAAGCUGAAUCUUAUAGGAAGUUGCGGGCAAUUCUGGACGUGAAGACCAGAGUAAAGAAUCGCAAGGACAAGAGUGCCCUGCUAGGAAUAAUUGAUAGCAGUAUGGGUUUGUUGAAAAAGAGGAAAGGUAAGAAAGAUGAGUUCUGGAAGUACAAGAAGAGACAAUCUGGACCAAGCAAAGCUGUGGAGGGUUGA